ACAUUAUUAUUGUUGAGAGAUUGUACUAGUAAAGAGUGCGUCUUUAACGAGAGGCGUAGCUAUUCUCUUGUGCUCCCUAGAGGGCAAGUUCCGCUUCCUGCUAAUAAAAACAUCGCACUUGUGAGCAUAUCACAUCAACUGUGGACUGCAGAACAGAAAAGCAUGAAAUGCAAGCAAGAAGGCAUGGAAUUAUGUGGAUAUGAAAGCGCAAUUUGAAGCUUCGGGGUAUGAUGAACAUAUCCGUAUGCACAAGUCAGGAAGCUGAAUGACAGAAGGUAUUUUCUUCCACAUCCAAAACACCUCCAGUAUGUCGGAGAGAGGGGGUCUCCCACGGACUGGGGGCACACCAUCUCCACAUAUGCAGCCGUACAAGACCGUCACGAUCGUCCCGAACCGUCCGGUUCAGAUGAACCUGUAUGCGACCUGGGAAAUUGAUCGCUCAUCUCCAAGCUGUGUGCCCAGGCUCUUCACAGUUACUCUGAAGAAGCUGGUGAUGCUUCAGGAGCUGGACAGAGACCUAACCUCUGUUGUCAUCGCAGUCAAACUCCAGGGAUCAAAGCGCAUUUUACGGUCCAAUGAAAUCCUGUUGUCAUCGCCUGGACUUACCGAGACCGAUCUUCAGCUAACGUUCUCCUUGCAAUAUCCACAUUUUCUGAAGCGAGAUGCCAACAGACUGCAGAUCAUGCUGCAGAGGAGGAAGAGGUACAAGAACCGCACCAUCCUGGGCUAUAAGACCCUGGCACUGGGCCUCAUCAACAUGGCAGAGGUGAUGCAGCACCCCAGUGAGGGAGCCCGUGUGUUGGGUCUCCACACCACGGUGAAGGACACGGCUGUGCCUGUGGCUGAGAUGAGGGUCUACUCGCUCUCCAGCCAGCCCAUCGACCACGAGAUGUCCAAGGCCAAGAUGUCUGACCGCUCCCCCGACAUUGACAACUACUCGGAGGAAGACGAGGAGAGCUAUUCAUCAGAGCAGGACGGGAGUGAUGACCCUGCUCACAGCCAGUAUCUGUUUGACGAAGAGGAUGACAUGAGGAAGAAGAAGCACAGACACAAACUCACCUCUGCAGCCUCCAUCACCAGAGCUCAUCCCAACAUCAAGCAGAAGUUCGUGGCCUUGUUGAAGAGGUUUAAGGUGUCCGGUGAGGUGGACUUUGGCCUGGAGCACGUGUCCCAGGAGCACAUUCGUGAUGUGGAGGAGGACCUGGAUGAGCUCUAUGACAGUCUGGAGAUGUACAACCCCAAUGACAGCGGGCCAGAGAUGGAGGAGACGGACAGCGUCCUCAGCACGCCCAAACCCAAACUCAGGCCCUUCUUUGAGGGCAUGUCCCAGUCCAGCUCGCAGACCGAGUUUGGCAGUCUGAACAGCAGGUGCAGUCUGCCCAGAGACACCCUGAGCCCACAAGGAGAGCAGCCCCCGUCAGGCAAGAUGAAACGCGCUCGCUCCCGCAACUUUGACGACUCUGAGACAGACACCCUGGAGCUGACUGAUCCGGAGACGUUUCUGGACACUACCCCCUGCAUCACUGUCUCUGUCCCAGAGCAGCUACCCAGGACCCCAAUGAGGGAACUGAGGAGCAGCAAGAGUGAGAGUCACACCAGCAUGCCCUACACCACCAUGCCCUCCCCCAGGUUGGAUGGCGGGCACACACCCAGGCAGAGACGUGGGACACCAAUGAAGGAGAGGCGAGCGCUGUCCAAGCCACUAAGCGAACGCACCAACAGCUCUGACAGUGAAAGGUCACCGGAGCUCAGCCACACCCCACAGGUGCCCAGGAAGGCUGUGUAUGACCAGCUGAAUCAGAAUCUAUCCUCAGACACUGCCCUCCCAGACAGCCUGGUCCUGGUCAACACCAGUGAUUGGCAGGGACAGUAUGUGUCCGAGGUGCUGCUGGCCCAAAAGCAGCCGUUAGUGUGUACCUGCUGUGGGGUGGAGAUUCAGGCUGUCCUCACCACCCUCCUCACGCGCAUCCAAAAGUUCUGUAACUGUAACUCGUCCACGCCGCCGCCGGUCAAGGUGGUGGUGGCAGGGGGACAGAGCUACCUGGGGGCCAUCCUGCAUUUCUUUGUCACUCAGCUGGCCAACAAAACAUCUGAUUGGCUCAGCCUAAUCCGCUUCCUGGUGGUCCCCCUGGGCUGUCACCCCGUCGCUAAGCACCUGGCCUCCCUGGACCCUCGUUACAGCUCUGUGUUCCUGGACAAUGCCUGGAGAGACCUGUUCAGUCGCCUGGAGCCCCCUCACUCUACGGCUCCAGCUGCAGACGGCGUGGACGUGGCUGGAAGGAUCAGCCAGUACAUCAGCAGCGUCUCUGUCACACACCAGUUGCCUAUCGCUGAGGCCAUGCUCACCUGCAAGUACAAGACAUAUGACGAGGACUCUUACCAGAAGUUUGUUCCCUUUGUUGGGGUGGUGAAAGUAGGGUUGAUUGAACCGAAUCCGGCGUAUUCAGGUGGAGACUCUGAGGAGGCUGUUAGUGUUAGCUUGGCUGUUCCCUCCACCUCCCCACCCGCCCAUGGCUCUCCCACAGGGAUGACCAGAGAGGCUGUCACCCCACCUCCGUCUCCCUCCCUGAGUAGCGGUCUGGGGAGCCCUAAUAUGUCCCAUGCGGUGGACACCAUUGGGCUGACGGUGGAUUAUUGGGUAGCAACAUGCUCAGAGCGGAAGAAGGAUGGGGAGCGGUGUGAUAAGGGCUCCAAGAACACCCUGAAGAGUGCCUUCCGUUCCCUGCAGGUCAGCAGGCUGCCAGGAGGGGGCUCCACUGAGAACCAGCCCCAGGCCAACACCAUGGCUAUGACUGUGGUCACCAAGGAGAAGAACAAGAAAGUCUCCACCAUAUUCCUGGGGAAGAAGCCCAAAGAGAGGGAUGUAGACUCUAAAAGCCAGGUGGUUGAGGGCAUCACCAGACUCAUCUGUUCUACCAAGCAGCAGCAGACCAGCCUAAAAGUGUCUGUGGACGGCGUGGAGUGGACUGAUGUGAAGUUCUUCCAGCUGGCUGCCCAGUGGCCCACCCAUGUGAAGUACCUGCCAGUGGGGCUGUUUGGCUACAACAAGAUCGCCACAUAGAAACCAAGCCAGACAUGGUCACUCACUCUGAGCUUCCUGGGCACCAAGGUUAUUAUAGUUUUGUGUUUUUAUAUUGUGUAUUUUUAUUCGUUUUUUUAAAGUUCAGUUAGUUUUCAG